AUGGGUCGAAUAAUAUGGAAGUUUAGGUCAUUGAUACCGAUAUCUUCGGACACUAAUAUAGCAGUUCCUAUUGUGUGUCUUUGCUGGUAUGCGAUAUCGUCGUUUGGGUCUCAAAUAACGAAACGAAUUUUAACGGAAUGCCCGAUGCCAUUAUUCCUAGGUGAGUUUCAGUUUAUAUUCAUCGUUUUGUCUGCAUGUAUCACCUGUUUAAUCGGGCACUAUGUUCCUGGGGUAAGGAAGCUUUUCCCUGAGGGGACUUUUCCUAGGUCUCAGGAUCCAGGAGUAAAUGUGAUUAUGCGACCAUCCAAGGAAGUAUUACUGACUGUGUUCCCAUUGGGACUAUUUCAGUUUAUGGGGAAAUAUUAUGGUCAUCGAGCAACUUCGCUUGUACCGGUAUCGACCGUAGCAAGUAUCAAGACGCUUUCGCCUAUUUUCAUUAUUUUGGCACAGAAGAUGUUAAAGCGUUUCGACCAUAAGCUAAACAGAGCAAUUUACCUGAGUCUAGGCUGUGUUAUGUUAGGCGUUUGGGUUAUUGUAUAUAGUGACAGCAAAAAUACUGUCCCAAAAACUCAAAUUUCAGACUUGGAUGACCAAGCCAUUAAGACAAGCCAUUAUGGGGUAUUGUUUGCCAGUAUAUCCAUGCUCAUAUUUGUUAUUCAAAACAUUUAUGCCAAAAAUAUCUUCACGUACAAGUCUGAUCAUAACGAACUACCCAUCGCUACCAGUAAAUCUGAUUACCGAAGAUCGCUACGCUCUCCCAGGAAGUACGACAAAUUGACGCUAAUGAUAUACAUCUCAGUCGUGGGUUUCUCAAUAUCAUUGGGUUGGUUUAUUGCUUUGGAGUUGCCUACUUUAUGGGCGAAUUUCUUCCACGAACCACAUAACGUCGAAAUUCCAUGGAGGCUCAUAAUUCUUAAUGGUGUUUUGCAUUUCCUUCAAAGCAUGAUAACAUUUUACUUGUUAGGAGAAAUAUCAACAUUAUCGUACUCCAUUGCUAACAUUAUGAAAAGAAUUGCAAUUAUAUCUUUUAGUUGGCUUUACACAGCUCAUAGCAUAACUAUGAUUCAAGUAUUAGGCAUAUUACUUAAUGUUACUGGGCUUUUCUUUUAUGAACGACUAAUGAAAAAAAACCAAAUACGCUGA